UUUUCCUGUGUGAAUUAUGCAUAAAUACUUUUCUUUUGGUGCAUUUUCCAAUCUAUGAAAAUUUGGUGGAUAUUCUUUGGCUAAUUCCGGACAUCUCAUUAUUUAGCCCAACUGCUGUCUGUGUCAGCCAUCUUGGAUUUGCUCUACAUUGUGAUGCCGUCUCAAGCUAUUUGUGAUUAGUGUAAGAAAAUUGUGGGACUUAAGGCUCAUGCACUUCGGCUGCGAUGUUUUGUUCCAUAUAUCGCGCAUUGCCUUAUUUGUUAACGUGUUUCGAAAAUCCCUCAACCUCAGACAUUGGGUUUUCCAAGUCAUAAGUGAUAAAUGUCCCGGUGCAAGAUACCAGAAUACACAGCGACCGCCAACGACUACAGGAAAACCUCUCUUACAGGCAGAAACAAAUCAUCCACCAGGUGGGGUCAAACACCCACGUGAAAGUACCUCUGUCAUCUCACCUUCCUCUGUCACUCCGCGAUCUGCGCCACCACCAGCGUCUUCGACCCCGGCUGAGCCUCAGGUUCAAUGUUCCCUACCGAUUGAAGACUCAGACUCCGAAACUAGGAAAUGCCGCUUCACUGAUCCGUCCGUGAAUUUCUCAGAGCCUAUCUGUGAAACUCAGAACACCGAAGAUCCAUGGACCACAAAAGCGCAAGAGGCCACGUAAUUGAGUUCAGACGUCCCAUGCUGAUGAACAACAACAACAACAACCCAAACCGGUAAGUGCCUCUAGUCCUGCUCUCACAGCUUCAUUACCGAUUUCGCUGAGGCAUCAUAAUCUCAUGGUCUACCAAGCACCAUUCAAAAGAUGAAAACCCUCAGAUACGUUAUGAUCACGAUGUGGAGUUCUCCUAGGGGCUUAUCACCUCUUCAUUAUACGUGUUACCUAGAGGUGUAACGCACCUCAGCUACUGUGACGCAAUACACAAAAAAAGAAAAUAAAUACAACAGUUGC